CUGUAAGGUCUUGCUUAUCGCGCUCGCUGGCUUGUGCAGGUGGAGCAGACGUACAACUCGAUUCAAGAUGCAUCCAACAACCGUGGCGCGCAGCGCGCACAUGCCCACGGGCAACAAGUGGCUUGGCUGGUGGGGCGACUUUGGCGGUCCUAAGCAGCGAGGAGUGACACAAUACUCGCUUUCUCCUGUGCACACUUCGCCCACCCGAGGUGCCCUCAAGGACGCCAUCUUCUUUGGCUACCGCAGAGUGCUCGUGCAAGCGCCUUACUUCCUCAUUCCAUUCGCAGCUGGGUACGGCCUGAUUGCAUGGGCCAAGGAAAAGAACACCUGGUACAACUCCAAGGAGGGACACCUGGCCACUGGAGGCCACGAAGAGUAAAGCAACGUCUACGGGCUUAUCCAUUGCAACAAGGGUAUAGAUGUAUGGCAAGGAGAGCGUGAUUGCCUUUGCUGUCCCUCCUUGACUGCCUCGGCUCGAUGGCAAAUGUAGUAUUUGCAUGCAUAUGUUUCGUCACAAAGAUGGACCUGCC